AUGCCUAGCACAAAGAAACCAUCAGUUUCGACCGUGGCUCCAAGCUUGAAGGUCUUGAACAUGAGAUUUAAACAAAUUCAAUCCUCGUUUAGUGACAUUUGGCGUUUUGUUGAAACAUUUCAAGAAGAUUCCUCGUCGAUUCAAAUUGAGAUUCGACUGGAGGAAAUUGAUAAUCUGUGGGAAAAACUAAAUGAUACUUUGAUUGAAAUUCAAUCUCAUGAUGAUUUCGACUUAGAUGAAACCUUUUUCGAGCGUGAAAGGGUCACGUUUAGCGAAAAAUACUACCAUUCAAAGGCCUUUCUAAUGGAAAAACUGAAGGAACGGACUCAAUUACCGGAUUUGAGUAGUACAGCUAGGGUGAAUGAUUCGUUAUUGCAACCAACUCUUGAUCAUGUUCGACUUCCUCAGAUCAAACUUCAAACGUUUAAUGGAAAUAUUGAAGAAUGGUUAAGUUUUAGAGAUUUAUAUAUGUCGCUCAUUCAUUGGAAGACUGAUUUACCAGAAGUGGAAAAGUUUCACUAUCUUAAAGGUUGUUUACAAGGUGAACCAAAAGCUCUAAUUGACCCUAUCAAGAUCACGAAAACCAAUUACCAAAUCGCUUGGGAUUUGUUGCUGAAGAGGUACAACAACAGUAAGCUCUUACGGAAAAGACAAGUUCAAGGUCUGUUUCAGCUCCCUUCUUUGACAAAGGAAUCCGUCAGUGAUCUGCAAGUUCUCUUGGAAGGAUUCGAGAGAAUUGUGCAGACGUUAGAUCAGAUCAUACAACCUGAAGAAUACAAGGAUCUUCUUCUGGUUCACCUUCUCUCCUCGCGUCUCGAUCCUGCGACACGCAGAGGAUGGGAAGAAAGUUCUGCCGCCAAGGACCAAGAUGUUGUACAAGAUUUGACGGAGUUUCUUCGCAGAAGAGUGCGAGUCUUAGAGUCAUUACCAGUUAAGGUUGUAGAGCCUAAGUCAGCUCAGCCACAGUCAGCCCCAAGGUUUAAGCAUACUACUAGGAGUAGCUUUAGUUCAUUCCAAUCGUCUGGUAGAGCGUGUGUUGCUUGUCAAGCGGAUCAUCCAUUAUUCCAAUGCCAGGCUUUUCAGCGCAUGAAAAUUGAGGAUAGAGAGGGGUUGCUACGAAGUCAUUCGCUCUGUAGAAAUUGCUUUAGCAAGAGUCAUAGGGCCAAAGAAUGUAAAUCGAGGUAUUCUUGUCGCCAUUGUAAGGGUCGCCACCAUAGUUUGGUUUGUUUUAGGUCAGACAAGGAGGAAUCUAGAGGUUCUAGAUUUCGAAAAGGUACAGAGGAAUCGAAACCCCAAGAACAACAGUUGGUAUCAGCUCCUCAAGUGACGAACCUGGCAGCUACAGAUCUUUUGUCCUCUAACUCUGCGCCUCAACGCUCAUCACAGGUUCUCUUAGCUACAGCAGUAGUUGUUUUGGAAGAUGAUUUUGGUAAUCAGUACCCUGCAAGAGCUCUUCUAGAUUCUGGCUCAGAGAGCAAUCUUCUUACGGAGCGAAUGAGCCAACGGUUGAAAACCACAAGAGAAAGGGUAGAAAUCUGCGUAAUAGGGAUAGGUCAGGCAGCAACGAAGGUCAAGCAGAGAAUUCAUGCCACGGUUCGAUCACGAGUUUCAGAGUUUUCGCGAGCUAUGAGCUUUCUUGUCUUACCCAAGGUGACGGUUAAUUUGCCUACAACAACGGUACAAACAAAAGGCUGGAGAUUUCCAGACGGAAUCCAAUUGGCGGAUCCUUCGUUUUCAGUGUCUAGUGAGGUGGACAUUGUUCUGGGAAUCGAAUCAUUCUUCGAUUUCUUCCAUUCUGGAGAAAAGAUCGAUUUGGGCGAUCAACUUCCUUCACUGAAUCAUUCAGUGUUCGGUUGGGUAGUCUGCGGAGGGUUGCCGACCCCACGGCAAGCCAUACAAGUAAUCUCGAAUGCUUCGAUUACUGAAGACCCUCUGGAAGCCAUGGUGGCUCGAUUUUGGUCCUGUGAGGAGGUCGAGUCAACCAAUUUUCUUUCGCCAGAGGAAGCCAGAUGCGAGAGCUUAUUCUCGAAAACUGUGAAACGCGAAGCAGACGGAAGAUACACAGUUUCUCUACCGCGAAAUGAAGACAUUAUAGAUCGAUUAGGCGAGUCACAGGAGAUCGCUAUGCGACGAUUCCUGGCGACGGAACGGAGGCUUUCUAGGGACGAAAACCUAAGGAAGCAGUACGAACAAUUCAUGGAGGAAUAUGUUCAUUUGGGUCACAUGCAAAAGAUAGUUGAGUUGAAAGAUGAGUCAUGUCAGAAAUCAGUUAUCAAGCGUUGUUUUUUGCCACACCAUCCAGUUGUUAAAGAGGCCAGUACCACCACAAAGGUCAGGGUAGUUUUUGACGCCUCUUGUAAAACUUCAAGUGGAGUAUCGUUAAACGAUGGACUCUUGAAUGGCCCAGUUAUUCAGGAUGACUUACGCUCGAUUAUCCUCCGUUGUCGAACCAAACAGGUUAUGGUUGUUGCCGACAUUGAAAAAAUGUUCAGGCAAAUCAAUAUCGCUGAAGAUGAUCGUCCUCUCCAAUCCAUUUUGUGGCGAUCAUCUCCCAAGGAAGAAAUAUCGAUCUAUGAACUGCGAACAGUCACCUACGGAACCAAACCAGCUCCAUUUCUAGCCACUAGAACGUUACAACAGUUAGCCACGGAUGGGAAAGAGGUUUUUCCACUUGCAGCAAGGGCUGUUUUGAAUGACCCCUACAUGGAUGAUGUCAUCACAGGGUCGGAUACCGUGGAAGAAGCGAGUGAGCUGCAAGUUCAGCUUGAUGCGUUGAUGAGUUCUGGUGGGUUUCGUUUGAGAAAAUACGCCUCAAAUAGCCCUGAUGUAUUGAAGAACGUUUCCGAAGACAAUUUGGCCAUCAAAUGUCCGGAAGGUAUAAACCUGGAUCCUGAUCCAUCGGUCAAGACUUUAGGUUUGACAUGGAUGCCCACAUCAGAUGUUUUCAGCUUUCAAUUCAGUAUUCCGGCCAUAGAAUCUAUUGAACCAUUAACUAAAAGGCGAAUACUGUCCGUUAUUGCUAUGCUUUUCGAUCCCCGUAAUUGCUACUGCUAA